UUAUCACUAAAAACCCUAAUUCAUUUCUCACUUCAUGCAAAAGCCCUAAAUUAUUCGCAAAUUUCUCUAAGAGAUGACGAAAAUCUACGGUACCGGAAUGUACGAUUUCCGGCGGCACCGGGUGGCUGAGUACCCGGUGGCUGCGGACGGGCUUCCCCUGCCGGAAAAGCCUCCGGAGUCCAAACCGGGUUCCGAUGUACCCAGCUCCAUGACUCUAAUCGAGAUUCAAAGAGACCGUCUCACGAAAAUUGCGGCUGAAAAUUGGGCGAAAACCGCGGAUUCGGGCCCGAAGAAGCCCUUCAGCCCGGACCUUGUUAAUGAGAUAUACUACACUGAGUUAACUGUAAAAGCGGGGAGAAAGCCAGUGCCAUUGCAGAGGGUGAUGAUACUAGAAGUUAGUCAAUACUUGGAGAAUUACCUCUGGCCAAACUUUAGUCCAGAGACUGCGUCGUUUGAGCACGUGAUGUCAAUGAUAUUGAUGGUCAACGAGAAGUUUCGAGAGAAUGUGGCUGCUUGGAUAUGCUUUUAUGAUAAGAAGGAUAUGUUUAAAGCAUUUCUGGAGAGGGUACUUCGCCUGAAAGAGGGAAGAAGUUUAACUAUUGCAGAGAAGACGAAUUAUCUACUUUUUAUGAUCAAUGCCUUUCAGAGCCUGGAGGAUGAAAUAGUAAGUGAAAUGAUUAUGAGAUUAGCGAGUCUGGAGUGUUGGCAUAGCCUAUCAUAUGGCCGUUUCCAGAUGGAACUUUGUCUUAAUAAAAACCUGAUCAGAAGAUGGAGAAGAAUUGCAAUGAGAGCCAAGGAUGCAACUAAACGAGGGGAAACUUUCGACCCCACAACCAUUGUGGAGGCCAACUUCUUGCGAAAUCUCAUUGAGGAGUUCCUGGUGGUGCUUGAUUCAGAGGUUUUUUGUAAACAUGAGGACGAUGAUUUAGUUGAUGUCCAUGGUUCUGAAGAUGUCAAUGAUUCCUGUCUUCUGUAUUGUGAAAGGUUUAUGGAGUUCCUUAUUGAUCUCUUGAGCCAACUGCCAACAAGGAGGUUGGUUCGGCCUCUUGUUGCUGAUGUUGCUGUUAUCUCCAAGUGUCAUUUAAGUGCUUUGUAUAGGCAUGAAAAAGGGAAACUUUUCGCGCAGUUGGUUGAUUUGCUUCAGUACUAUGAAGGUUUUGAGAUUGAUGAUCAUAAGGGUGUACAAAUGGAUGAUGAUGAUGUGCUUCGAGCUCAUUAUAAGCGCCUCCAGGCUUUUCAGCUUCUUGCAUUUAGAAAGAUUCCAAAGCUGCGAGAACUUGCAUUGGCUAAUGUGGGCUCGAUCAACAAGCGUGCUGACCUGGCAAAGAAGCUUUCAGUACUUUCUCCUGAAGAGUUGAGAGAUUUAGUAUGUGUGAAGCUCAAGUUGGUGUCAAAGGAUGAUCCAUGGUCUGAAAGAGUUGACUUCCUGAUAGAAGUCACAGUCUCCUUCUUUGAGAAACAACAAUCUCAGAAAGAGGCGAUCAAUGCGCUUCCACUAUAUCCUAAUGAGCAAAUAAUGUGGGAUGAAAGCCUUGUACCAAGCAUUAACUACUCCGGUGAAGGGUGUCUUGCACUUCCAAAGCUUAAUUUGCAGUUUUUAACACUUCAUGAUUACCUUCUUAGAAAUUUCAACCUCUUCCGCCUCGAGUCAACGUAUGAAAUCCGCGAGGAUAUUCAAGAAGCUGUUCCACAUCUUCUUGCUUACGUUAAUAAUGAAGGAGAAACUGCUUUUCGUGGUUGGUCCAGAAUGGCUGUACCGAUCAAGGAAUUUAGAAUCACGGAAGUUAAACAACCAAAUAUUGGUGAAGUAAAGCCAUCCGUGGUGACGGCUAAAGUUACUUUUAGCAUUUCCAGCUAUAAAGCACAAAUAAGAUCUGAAUGGAAUGCCCUCAAGGAGCAUGAUGUUCUAUUUUUGUUGUCUAUUCGCCCUUCAUUUGAGCCACUUAGUUCAGAAGAAGCUUCAAAUGCAACUGUUCCACAGAAACUUGGUCUUCAAUAUGUGCGUGGAUGUGAGAUAGUUGAAGUACGCGAUGAGGACGGAACUCUUAUGAAUGAUUUUACCGGGAGAAUCAAACGCGACGAGUGGAAACCUCCCAAAGGAGACUUGAGAACUGUUACUAUUGCGUUGGAUACAGCACAAUAUCAUAUGGAUGUUUCCGACAUCGCGGAGACGGGCGCAGAUGACGUGUACGGUACAUUCAACAUAUUGAUGAGGCGGAAACCUAAGGAGAAUAACUUCAAAGCAAUUUUGGAAUCCAUAAGGGAUCUGAUGAAUGAAACAUGUAUUGUUCCUAAAUGGUUACAUGAUAUAUUAUUGGGUUAUGGAGAUCCUUCUGCAGCACAAUGGACCAAUAUGCCAGAUCUCAUUAAAAAGGUUGAUUUUAAAGACACUUUCCUCGAUGCUGCUCAUGUCAUAGAGAGCUUCCCAAACUAUAAGGUUCGGUUUAUAAAUUCAGAUGGAACAGACAAUUCGAAUCCAUGUCCUCCAUUCCGUAUUAAAUUUCCGGAGAAUCUCGAAAGCAUGGUCCAUGCUCUGCCUGGGAAUGUGAUAUCUACACAAACUUCAAAUGACGCCAGCUCUAUGCAAGAUGAUCAUUCUGACAAAGUGGAGCUUGUAGUUGAGGCUUAUGUACCUCCUGAUCCAGGGCCCUAUCCCCAGGAUCAACCAAAGCAGAACUCUGUUAGAUUUACUCCUACUCAGGUCGGAGUUAUCCUGUCCGGAGUUCAGCCUGGCUUAACCAUGGUGGUUGGUCCACCUGGUACUGGAAAGACGGAUACAGCUGUCCAAAUCUUGAAUGUUCUCUACCAUAAUUGUCCUUCUCAGAGAACUUUGAUAAUCACUCAUUCAAAUCAGGCUCUAAACGAUCUUUUCGAAAAGAUAAUGGAGAGGGACGUGCCAGCUCGAUAUCUACUUCGACUCGGUCAAGGUGAACAAGAGUUGGCCACUGAACUUGAUUUCAGCCGCCAAGGCCGUGUAAAUGCCAUGCUUGUUCGACGAUUGGAACUCCUUAGUGAAGUGGAGCGGCUCGCAAGAUCUCUACAACUGCCCGAGGAUGUAGGUUAUACUUGUGAAACCGCUGGCUACUUCUGGUUGCUCCAUGUUUACUCACGCUGGGAGCUUUUUCUAGCUGCUUGUGCUCAGAAUCAAGACAAACCGACGUUUAUUCAGGACCGCUUCCCUUUUAAGGAGUUCUUUUCCAAUACCGCGAAGCCGAUUUUCGCAGCCGAGUCCUUUGAAAAAGACAUGCACACAGCUAAGGGUUGCUUCCGGCACCUUCAAACUAUGUUUCAGGAGCUUGAAGAGUGUAGGGCAUUUGAGCUGCUUAAGUCAACAGUCGAUAGAUCAAAUUAUCUUAUGACCAAGCAAGCAAAAAUAGUAGCCAUGACUUGCACCCAUGCAGCUCUUAAACGGAAAGAUUUUCUACACUUGGGCUUUAAAUACGACAACUUGUUAAUGGAAGAAAGUGCCCAGAUUUUGGAGAUUGAAACUUUCAUCCCUAUGUUGCUCCAAAGGCAGGAAGAUGAUCGUGCUCGCCUAAAACGAUGUAUAUUGAUUGGUGACCACCACCAAUUGCCUCCCGUUGUGAAAAAUAUGGCUUUUCAGAAGUACAGCCAUAUGGACCAGAGUCUGUUCACAAGGUUUGUGCGUCUAGGAAUUCCCUAUAUUGAGCUCAAUGCCCAAGGAAGAGCUAGGCCUAGUUUAGCAAGACUUUACAAUUGGAGAUAUAAAGACCUAGGUGAUCUCUCAUACGUGAAGGAGAAUGAAAUUUUCCAAAGAGCAAACUCUGGAUUCUCUUACGACUAUCAGUUGGUGGAUGUUCCUGAUUUUCAUGGGAGAGGUGAGAGUGCUCCUUCACCCUGGUUCUACCAAAACGAAGGAGAGGCUGAGUAUAUUGUUAGCGUCUAUAUGUACAUGCGUUUGUUGGGAUAUCCAGCCAGCAAAAUAUCCAUACUGACAACAUACAAUGGUCAGAAACUUUUGAUUCGUGAUGUUAUUAAUCGACGGUGUGUCCCUUAUGACUUCAUUGGUCCACCACACAAGGUAGCCACAGUUGACAAGUUUCAAGGGCAACAAAAUGACUUCAUCUUGUUAUCCCUCGUUCGUUCUCGCUUUGUGGGUCACCUUCGUGACGUAAGAAGAUUGGUUGUCGCAAUGUCUCGAGCUCGAUUGGGGCUUUAUGUUUUCUGUCGGCGUUCUCUGUUCGAACAGUGCUAUGAACUACAGCCUACGUUUCAGCUUCUUCUUCAGAGGCCCGAUCACCUUUCUCUCAAUCUGAACGAAUUCACAACAAUUACCGAUCGUCAUGUCGAAGACACAGGACCGGUCCAGCUUGUUAGUGGAAUCGAAGAGAUGGCUAACAUAGUUAAUUACAAGAUGCACCAGGUUUACCAGGCACGGGUAACGAGCUAUCAGUCAAAUCAAUAUUCAGCAUAUCCAGGGCAGUCCGCUAUGGAGAUUGAUGCUUCUGAGGAAAACGGAACAGAAAACGUAGAGCCCUCUGUCGGAGAGAUGGAUCUCGAUAACGGUACAGAGAAGGAUACAUCACUACUACCUGAUGCUACCUCGAAUGGUUCAGCACAUUUAGAUGCUUCCGUAGAAGAGAAUGGUGAUGCGUAGUUUCUAAACGGUAUUAAUCAUUAUUAGAAACUUGUAUUGUACCGGCAUUUAAUGGUAAAACGAGCAGGUACUUAAACUACUAAUUAUUUUACUCACUGAAUUUUGAAGGCGGUUGAGGACAUUUUAAUUGUGCUUUUUUGUUGUAUAGUUAAAGCCAUUUCGUAUAAGGUUGGCUUCAUGUAGAUUUUCACAAAAUUUUAUUUGCUGGAUUAUAUUUUAAUUUCUGAUUUUGAUCAU